UGGCGCGAGGCAGCGGCCGCGCACGCGGCGGCUGCCGACCUCGCCCGCUCCGGCGACGCCGACGGCGCUGCGGAGCAGCUCCGGCAGUGCAGGCGCUCCAUCAUGACGGCCGCGACCGUCGCGCGCGCUGCCCGCAAGUUCAAGGCCGCCGUCGCCAAGCGGGGCGAGGACGGCGGCAAGGGCGUGGUGGCCGAGCCCGACGGCACGGUGGCGAAGCUGACGCUCGCGGGCGAUUUCGACGCGGACAUGGUGCGGCUGCAGGCGUUCGAGAAGCAGGUCACAAGGCGCCUGGCAGACCUGGAGGCCGCGACGGAGGGGCGCCGCGGGUCGGUGCGCCGCGGAGACUCCGGGGACUUCAUCUUCUUCGACUGCGAGGAGGAGUGCAUCCAGCCCCAGGACCUGAGCGUUCACCCGGAGAACGGCGACCGCAAGAUGGCG